CAGUCGCCGGGACUCGGAAGUGCUUUCUUGGUUCGUUUUCUCAAAAUCGUUUUGAUAUAAACUGGUGUCGGACGGACAUCCCGCGGGUACGUGAGGCUUCGCAUAAAGUCUUGCCGCUUGCCGAAGUAGGGCUUAGGGUUUUAGUUGUAAUUAUUCUGUUACUCCAAAAAGAAGAGGAAGAAGAAGAGCCCCUUUCAAGGGGGUCACCAACCUGCACACGAACUCCAACGGGAAAUAUACCAGCAGUCUUAUUUCUUUUCUUUUGGGGUUGUCUUUCUUGUGCAACAUUUGCAGUGGGUGCGUCAUUCACGUCAUUGGGGUCGAUUUAACAUGUUCAGGCUCACAGCAGACUUGAUAUGGAAAAGCCCUCACUUCUUCAACCCCGUUGGCGACCGCGAAUUGGAUCUUCGAGGUAAUAGGCUAGCAGUAAUUGAAAAUGUAGGUGCAACAGAGGACCAAUUUGAUACCAUAGAUCUGUCAGACAAUGAAAUUGUCAAGCUUGAGAAUUUCCCUUAUCUAAAUCGUCUUGGUACUCUGCUGGUCAACAACAAUAGAAUCACGCGUAUAAAUCCUAAUAUUGGAGAAUACUUGCCUAAACUCCACACUCUGGUUCUGACAAACAAUCGGUUGGUGAACUUGGUGGAGCUUGACCCCCUUGCAUCACUUCCAAAGUUGCAAUGCCUUAGUCUGCUUGAUAAUAACGUGACAAAGAAACCAAAUUAUCGUCUAUAUGUCAUCCACAAGUUGAAAAAGCUACGUCUGCUGGAUUUCAAGAAAGUGAAGCAAAAGGAAAGGGCUGAGGCAGAGAAUAUGUUUGUUUCUUCUGAUGUGCAAGAAAAUAUCAAAAAAGAAUCUGCAAAGACAUUCACUCCAGGGGAGGUCCCACCAAUUGUACCAGAGGUUUCAGAGGAACAACAGCCUCCCAAGGCUGCUGGCCCAACACCAGAGCAAAUUAUUGCUAUCAAGGCUGCUAUCGUGAAUUCACAGACACUUGAAGAGGUUGCAAGGCUUGAAAAGGCAUUGAAGUCUGGACAACUUCCUGCAGAUCUGAAGAUUGCUGAAAAUAUAAAAAGCCCAUCUGCUGCUGAUGGUGAGUUGACCGACAAAAUGGAUGCUGAUAACCAGAAUGAUGUUAGUAAUGUUCCCCAAAAUGCUGAAGGUCUGCAGGAGGCUGAUCAUGCUGUUCCAAUUGAGGAGGACUAGGGCAGGGAUAUCUUGGAUGUGCUUGAGGUGCUGUCUUUUGCCUCGCGAGUCCUCAAGCGUCAAGGGCUUCAUGACAGGGAUUGCAUUUCUCAUGUUGGGUAUGCCUCUUCACCGCCCAACACAUUCAGCAGCAAAUGCCCUUGUGAACCCAGUACAUGUAAACUGCUAGUUUUUCACCAUCGUUGCAAAGGUUACAGGCGGAGGGAGCCAUUAGCAAAGCAACGAUAAUUUUUAGAAAGAUUCUAUACAUCCUUCAGUUUUCAACAGAAUAGACUUGGUUUUCUGAACUCCCUUUCUGCACCUUCAUCCAUCAGCGUCCAUAUUUGUGAGCACAUUGAGGAAUUAAUCAGUUAUUCUUAUGUCUUUCUCGUUUAUCCUUGUAAUUUGGUAACCAUUACAUAACGAUGGGAGGUCCUCCAUUUCAUUUUA